AUGGUCUUGACACGCGUCGGUCAAAGUUCUAUAAUGGAGUCGUUAAAGCGACCCAAUGAUCUAAAGAUUACACAGUCCCCGCCUUCAGCCAGUGUAGGAGCCAAGCUGGGAGGACUUCCUGUUGCCCGGGAGUUUGAAUACGCGAAGGCCGAUGGAAUGGCUUCAAUCCAUGUCAACUUCCCCACCAGGUUCGAUGCAGAGGUUGCGUCUUACAUUGUCCACGGCACCAUUUCUCCUUACCUGGACGGAACUUUCUAUCGUGUCAUUUGCGACUCAACCUAUGCUAACCGUAACGGAAAAGAUAUAUGGAUCAAUGGCGAUGGUGCUAUUGACGCCUGGAGGAUUUCCAACGGCGUUUGCGACUUCAAACAGAAGUUCGUGCGUACGCCGAGAUUUGUUCUUGAGCGUGCAACCAGGAAGCCUCUGUUCGGCACUUACAGAAAUCUAUUCGCUGGCGACGAGAGGGUUUCCGAAAUGGUUCAAUCUACUGGGAACACACACAUCCACUUUUGGCAAGGAAUUCUUCUUGACUAA